GGAAUGGCAAAACUAUAAAUAUCACGAGGCUUCUAUUACCAUAAGUCCCAGUAGACAAGAAGCAUCUGAUUGUUCACAACUUAUAUUUGAUUCCUUGAUUUUUUCGUUCUCAGUGACAUGGAUGAGAUUUACAGCAGGAUGCCGUCAAUAACAAUCUUCUUACUAACAGUGGCAGUAACAUCAGUGAUAGCUAAUAGAGUUAAACCACCAGAACCUGCUCAUAAGGGACAAUUCUCUGAUGCAGAUGAGAUGAAGAAAAUCGCAACAAAAGUUUCAUCAUGGUCACCAAAUGAUGAAGUAAAUGUCUGGGAGAUGAGUGGCCUAUUUGAAGGUGACAUAAUGAUGGCUGAAGACAAUAACAUAAAAAAUAUUAUUCUGGAUGAAGAUAAAUACUGGCCCGGUGGAGUUCUUCCAUAUUAUAUAGUUGAAGAAGACUUCUCUGAAGAAGAAGUUGAAAUCAUUCACAAAGCCAUCAAAGAUUAUAAGAAAAAGACCUGUGUAUCAAUUCGACCAUACAGAAAGGGUGAUGAAGACUUUGUCAUGGUACAAGGGAACAACACAGGCUGCUGGUCAUACGUGGGAAGAAAAAAUGGUGGCCAGGUACUUAAUCUACAGACUCCUGGAUGUGUACAUCAUGGGAUUGUUAUUCAUGAGUUUUUGCAUGCUCUAGGAUUCUACCACCAACAGAGUGCUCAUAACCGUGAUGAUUAUGUCAAGAUACUUUGGGAAAAUAUCAAAGAAGGCAAAGAAGGCAACUUUCGGAAAUAUAAUGAGACACUUGUAACAGAUUAUGGAAUUGGUUAUGACUAUGGAAGCAUAAUGCACUACAGCAAAAAAGCAUUUUCAAAAAAUGGAGAACCUACAAUAGUACCUUUAGAGGAAGACGCUGUAAUUGGUCAACGGGAUGGACUCAGUGAAAAGGAUAUUAAAAAGAUUAAAAAGACAUACAAAUGCAAUGAAAAAGAUUCUCUCUUCAGCAUUUUUUCAUUUGAAUAGAUCUAAUAGCUAUGAA